AUGGAGAAUUGCUUUGGUGAAAAGAAAGUCGAGCAACGAAUAGUUGAUAGAGUGUUUCUGAGAUGUCUCAGAGAUUAUGUUAUCAAUCUUGAAGAACCGCUGAACUUAUUACCAUACAAAGCUCUAGCUCAGAAGUAUGGAGGUAAAAACAAUUACUUCGGCAAUCAAAGACAUAAAAGGAACGGCACCUAA